UGGAGGCGCGGCAGAAAGGCGGCCUGCAGGAAGCACACUUGGUUGAAUGGCCAUUAGAGCAGCAGUCAGCGGUAACAUGCUAUGAUGCCACGCUCCUAACAGACGCCGCGUUCGGACCGAGCCAGGCCGCCGGAGCACACGUUGGCACCGGGCGCGGACUCCGCGAGCGGCUGCGGUCGUAGGCGACGUGCCGCGCGUCCGCCUCGCGCGGACUCGCGCGGACUCGUGCGGCUUCGAACGAACCCCGGGAGUCGCUCCGUGGGCUUCACGGGACCGAUGCUCGCGGGUCGGACGUGGAUUCGGCGCAGAGGCUGGUGACGGAACCGAGCGAGCGGCAUCGCGGGCGACACCAUGGACGAGGGAGCGGCGUUGUGCGGCUGCGAGCGGAGGCUGAGGAGACGGAGCGGCUGAGGCGCCUCCGCUCCCGGCAUCGUGAUGAUGCUUUUUAGCCAAACGCGACGCUCCCGCCUGCGUCCAGGAUGCAGCGCCCGGUGAACACAGGUGCACCCAGGCUUGACAGCACCGAAUAAGCGGCGUCAACAUGGGAUUCCCGCUUUCAUCUCCUCCCACGUUUCUCUUUCGUGCGCGCAAGCCGCUCGGACGAGCGUCGGCGGCGCGUCUCUGAUCCACAGCCUGAUCGAUGGUGUCGCUGUGACCGCUGGCGACGAGCUCGUCUGAGUUGUGUAAUGGUUUAUCAUCCACGGCGCACUGCCGUGAAACACGUCCACGGGUGGCGCUUAAUUGCUUCCAAUGAUGUAGAGGCAAAUCCACCUGGGUCUGACGUCCCCCCUCUCCCGGAGAAACGGCCUCCCCUGUGACUUUGGCGCACGUUUAAUUGUUUUUAUUCCCGGAGCCCGUCGUCACCUCUGCUUAUUAAUUUGCACAGCCUCUUGAGGGUUUUUUAACUAUUCUGAAUUGAUGUUCGCCACGCGCUGGGACAGUCGAGUGACGUCCGUAGGUUUUAAAGCAGUAAUUAUCAGCUAUGGAGGAAGACAUGUGCUGCGGCUCGUUUUUGGGGACUAAAUAGUUCCAGGAUCUAGUUUUUCAGCGGACCACAACUUUUCCGGCAGUGUUUAUUUGUUCGGCCGCAGUUGUCGCCUCCCGCUCUGCACUAUGUCCAGAUCCAACAGCGUCAGCCCGCCCGGAGUCGGGGCGCCGGGGCCGAGGGGAGGGACCGAGCACAGAUCAGCGUGGGGGGAGUCUGAGUCCGUGGCCAACGGGUGCCCAUACUCGGCCAGAGCCGCGCGGAAGAAGCUGAGCAGGACCAGCAGCCGGUGGAGGGAGGAGGACGAGCCGGACGGCCGGCAGCCCGCACGAGCCCCCGCCACGGUGAGCAGGGUCAGCUUCAGGUCCAGGUCCGCCUGGCAGGACCAUGGCGAGGAGAACCGGGAGCGGCCGCGCGGCGAGCUGAGGCCCAAGUCCGUGGAGCUGGGUCUGGAGGAGCGGCGCGCCAGGACGCGGGCCGACGACGAGGAGGUCAUGGCCGAAGCGGACCUGUCCCUGGGGGCGUGCUGCUCCGGCGUCAGGCGCGUCUUCACGUCCAAGAAGUUCCAGUCGGAGAAGCUGGAGCGGCUCUACCAGCGCUACUUCUUCCGCCUCAACCAGAGCAGCCUGACGAUGCUGAUGGCGGUGCUGGUGCUGGUCUUCUCCGUCAUGCUGGCCUUCCACUGCUCCGGCGGCGCGGCGCGGCCGAGCCCGACCUUCGUGGCCGCGUUCUCGCUGGCCAUCGUGCUCACGCUCGUCCUCAUGGUGGUGUGCAACCGGAACGCCUUCCACCAGGACCACAUGUGGGUCGUGUGCUACGCCGUCAUCCUGAUGGUGGUGGUGGUGCAGGUGAUCGGGGUGCUGCUCGUGCGGCCCAGGUGCGCCUCGGAGGGCAUCUGGUGGACGGUGUUCUUCAUCCACGUCGUGUACACGCUGCUGCCGGUGCGGAUGCGCGCCGCCGUCAUCACCGGCCUCGUCCUCUCCGCGGUGCACGUCGCGGUGUCCUGGACGUUGAACGGCGCGGACAGCUUCGCGUGGAAACAGAUAGUGUCCAACGUGCUGAUCUUCUCCUGCACCAACAUCGUGGGCGUGUGCACCCACUACCCGGCCGAGGGCUCCCAGAGGCAGGCCUUCCAGGAGACCAGGGAGUGCAUCCAGGCUCGGCUCCACUCCCAGAGGGAAAACCAGCAGCAGGAGCGCCUCCUGCUCUCAGUGCUUCCCCGACACGUUGCCUUGGAGAUGAAAGCCGACAUAAACGCCAAGCAGGAAGACAUGAUGUUCCACAAGAUCUACAUCCAAAAGCACGACAACGUCAGCAUCCUGUUCGCAGACAUCGAGGGCUUCACCAGCCUGGCGUCCCAGUGCACGGCGCAGGAGCUGGUCAUGACGCUCAACGAGCUGUUCGCCCGCUUCGACAAGCUGGCAGCGGAGAACCACUGUCUGCGGAUCAAGAUCCUGGGAGACUGCUACUACUGCGUGUCCGGGCUGCCGGAGGCCCGGGCGGAUCACGCCCACUGCUGCGUGGAGAUGGGCCUGGACAUGAUCGAGGCCAUCUCGCUGGUCCGGGAGGUGACCGGGGUCAACGUCAACAUGCGCGUGGGCAUCCACAGCGGCCGGGUGCACUGCGGGGUGCUGGGGCUCAGGAAGUGGCAGUUCGACGUGUGGUCCAACGACGUGACGCUGGCCAAUCAGAUGGAGGCGGGCGGCAAAGCUGGGCGCAUCCACAUCACGAAGGCCACCCUGAACUACCUGAACGGGGACUACGACGUGGAGGCGGGAGCCGGCGGCGAACGCAACGCAUACCUGAAGAAGAACAGCAUAGAGACCUUCCUCAUCGUGGGCUGCAGCCAGAAAAGGAAAGAGGAAAAGGCGAUGAUCGCCAAAAUGAACCGGCAGCGGACCAAUUCCAUGACCCACAACAGCGGACACUGGAGCGACCGGCCGUUCUACAACCACCUGGGCGGGAACCAGGUGUCCAAGGAGAUGAAGCGGAUGGGCUUCGAAGACCCCAAGGACAAGCAUUUCAUUUUUAGGAACCCACAGGAAAACCUGAACCCAGAGGAUGAGGUGGACGAGUUCCUGGGCCGAGCUAUCGACGCGCGCAGCAUAGACCGCCUGCGAUCCGAACACGUCAAGAAGUUCCUGCUCACUUUCAGAGAGCCCGACCUGGAGAAAAAGUACUCCAAGCAGGUGGACUCCAGGUUCGGGGCCUACGUGGCCUGUGCGUCCCUCGUCUUUCUCUUCAUCUGCUGCAUCCAGAUCCUCAUCGUGCCACCCUCCAGUCUGAUGAUCGGCUUCUUCGCCUCCUGCCUCCUCAUCCUGACCGCCGUCAUGUUCGUCUCAGCCGUCUACUGCUGCUUUGGGCUCUUCCCAGUGCCUCUACAGACGCUCUCUAAGAGGAUCGUCCAGUCCCGGCUCAACAGCACGCUGGUGGGCGUCUUCACCAUCAUCAUCGUUUUUCUCUCCGCUUUCAUCAACAUUUUCACCUGCCGCAGCCACGACCUGCGGAGCUGCAUCAGAGCGGAGCUGAACAUCAGCCUGGACAGCGUGAGCGCCUGCCACGCCCGCCUGCUCAACUACAGCCUGGACACGCAGCACAGCCCCUGCGGCGACGCCGGCGGCGGCGGAGCGCUCGUUUGCAGCUUCCCUGAGGUACAGUACUUCUCGUCCUGCGUGCUGCUCAGUCUGCUGGCCUGCUCCGUCUUCCUGCAGGUCAGCAGCAUCGGCAAGCUCUUCCUCAUGCUCUUCAUCGAGGCGGUCUACCUCCUCAUCAUGGAGGUGCCCAAAGUCAGCCUGUUCGACAACCAGGACCUGCUGGUGAUGGCCAACGCCGGCCACGUGAAUGGAACAAGCUGUGCAGUGGACGCCAAGGUUCCGCUGAAGAUCGUGACCCCGGUGGUCAUCACCGUCUUCGUCCUGGCCCUCUACCUUCACGCCCAGCAGGUGGAGUCCACCGCCAGGCUCGACUUCCUCUGGAAGCUGCAGGCCACCGAGGAGAAGGAGGAGAUGGAGGAACUGCAGGCGUACAACCGCCGCCUCCUCCACAACAUCCUCCCCAAAGACGUGGCCGCGCACUUCCUGCAGCGCGAGCGCCGCAACGACGAGCUCUACUACCAGUCCUGCGAGUGCGUGGCCGUCAUGUUCGCCUCCAUCAGCAACUUCUCCGAGUUCUACGUGGAGCUGGAGGCCAACAACGAGGGGGUGGAGUGCCUGCGGCUGCUCAACGAGAUCAUCGCCGACUUUGACGAGAUCAUCAGCGAGGACCAGUUUCGUCAGCUGGAGAAGAUCAAGACCAUCGGCUCCACCUACAUGGCGGCCUCGGGCCUCAACGACUCCACGUACGACAAGGCCGGGCGCUCGCACAUCCGCGCGCUGGCCGACUACGCCAUGAGGAUGAUGGACCAGAUGAAAUACAUCAACGAGCACUCCUUCAACAACUUCAAGAUGAAGAUAGGUCUCAACAUCGGCCCAGUGGUGGCCGGCGUCAUCGGGGCCAGGAAGCCUCAGUACGACAUCUGGGGGAACACGGUGAACGUGGCGAGUCGCAUGGACAGCACGGGCGUGCCGGAGAGGAUCCAGGUCACCACAGACCUGUACCAGGUCCUCAGCUCCUACAACUACUCUCUGGAGUACAGAGGCGUGGUCACGGUCAAGGGCAAAGGCGAGAUGAUGACCUACUUCCUCACCAGCGGACCCUCCAGUUAACCUGUGACCUGUGGUCUGAGCCUUAACCCGGCCUCUGAUGGACGAUGGCUUAUGGUGGACUGAGACAGACUCCAGCCCCUCUUCGCAGAUCUGACCCUUUCUUAGUCUUGCUGGAGGGGUGAGGAGGUGCUCCCCAAAGCUCGGCCCGCGGAGGAGACAUGACCGGAGAGGCCCAGCGAGCCCGAAUCUGAAACUCACACCAAAGAUUUCAAGUCGGAGCUUAAAGACAGACUUUGGUGGCUCCGUGAGGCCGUAAGCCGUGAAGGAAACGUGUCAGAGAAAUUAGUUUUCCUUCAUCUGCCAGUUUUUUCCGAGGGGUUGAGACAAUUCAGCAGGAAGACGUUCCCUCUCUCUGCCUUUCUCACGCAAACAGCGGUUUUAAGUGUACGUAUGAUCCUUUGUACUGUAUGUGAAGCGCAUUGUGUCCGUGUCGUGAUACAGGUCCGAUGCUCAACCAGCGCCGCGGCAACGUGGGGAGUGGAGGGGCCACAGUGUGUCUUAUGUAGGAGAGUCUUGAGUCUUAAACUAUUUUUCCACUGACGGACAGAAAACACAGCUUCUCAGCACGCAUUCAGCACCAGAUCCACGCAGCAACACAAGAGGAUGUCAAUGAAGAGCUUUUCUAGUCUUCUGCGUUUUGUAUUUUGACUUCAGACACCAAACCCUACCAGAUAUUUUAAGAUUCUAUAUUUUGUACAUUAAUAUAUUAGAGAGCUAUCUAUUAACAGCCGUCUUCAGGUGGACUCGCUCAUUUGGUUCAGCAGACGCGCCUCGAGCCCGUUUCCUCUGCGAAGGCACGUCUCACCACUUCCUCCGGACUGGGUUUGAAUCGCAGCAGCCGGCGCAGGACGGGGACGCUCAGUCUCGGUGCUCUAAAGCCAUUUUGCACUGCUCUCAGCCGUCCACCCCCCAAUCAGUCACACGGUACGACCCAAUGAAUGUCCAAUGAUCUCCGAUGAGGCCUUCUAUUAUGAACUCUACACUAACAGUAGUGAUGCUCAUCCACUCAGUCAGCGGUUUUUCCUUUGUUCUUAGUUGCGUCACUGGGGAAGGCGUCGAUCAAACGCCUUCAGCCGCACGGCUUCAGCUCCUCUCGACCAAGUCUCAGUACUGAACUAAUGUUGGGGACUUUAAAGGAUAAGGCAAACAUUGGCCUCUGCUACGCUGCUUCAGCCCAGGGGUGACUGGAGAUGACGCACGGUGCAUCCUCCAUGCGCCCAUCACCCCGAGGAGGCGGGCGAGCAGUAGAAACGGACCUCAGAGCAAUAAAGGAAGCAGGACCUCUAAACAGGGGUUCUAGUGGGUCUGUGUUCACGGGGGAACGUUAAAUAACCUAAUAAAGCAGAGGUUCAGCAGACGUUUAGCACCAGCCUCAUCCUUUAAACGUCGCCUUCACCUCCCUGGAAGGAAGGAAGGAAGGAAGGAAGGAAGGAAGGAAGGAAGGAAGCUCGCAGGCAGAGCGUGGCUGCUGGUGUCUGCUCUGCUGACGCGCUGUGCGGCUGCAGCCUCCACGGUCGCGCCCCAGCGUGAGCGCUCAUCCCAGUGGGCUCUGGAGGCGACGGCCAGCGAGUAGAGACGACAGGAGCGAAGAGAGCCUGUGAGCUUCACAGGAACCCGGACGCCGGCGCUUUUUGUUGUCACUUGUUUGCCACUUUUUUUUUAUUUUAAACAGUCGAAUAAAACUGCUGAGAUGUUUCACGGG